UUUUUUAGACAUUUCCAAUAGUGUACACUAUUAUGGAAGGACGCACAACACAAAAUUAUGUCAAUGUGUUAAAAAAAAUAAAAAAUAUAUUAAAAAUAAAUCCUGACAUUGCAAUGUCAGACUUUGAAAAAGCCGAACAAAAAGCUUUGCGUACGGUUUUUCCCAAUAAAAUUAUUGGCUACUUCCACUACAGCCAGGCGUUAGUACACAAUGCUGAAAAGCACGGCAUAUUAAAAAAUGAUAAAAAUGGUGUAGGUUGGGGCGCCACAAAAUUAUUGAUAUCAUUAGCCUUUUUACCAAAAAAAUUAAUAGUAGAAGGCUUCAAUCUGAUAUCGGGAAUUAUUUUCCAAGAUUGCACAUAUUUACAGUCUUUCUUCCAAUAUUAUAAAGACACGUGGAUAAACAGUUUUAAGCCUGAAUCUUUUUCGGUUUUCCAACAAAUACACCGAACCAAUAAUGUAUCAAAAAGACACAACCGAGAACUUCGGUUAAAUCUGAAAAAACACACAACAAUUGCUGAAUUUUUUGUUUACCUUUCUGAACAUCAAAAGCGUAUUAGAAGUUUUGCGAGGCAUCCACAAUUUUGGGCACGAACGAAACGUUAUAGCCUAAAAGAAAAAGAAAAUGAAAUAUUAAAAAUCUGGAAUACGAUUGAAAAUGACAAAGAUUUGGAUCUUUUGUUAAUUUUACACAAAUUAUCCGAAUUAGUGGGACAAUAAAACUUUGAGUAAAUUAACAUUUAAUAUUACUAUAUUUUUUAAAUUAUUUUUCCUAUACUCGUGAGUUCUUCUCAUCUUUCUUAAUAUUUUUUUUUUAUUUUACUCCAAAUAGUGUAAAUUUACUUACAACAAUAAUCCUUGAUUUCUGGACAAGCAUUCCAUUGAUACUCCAAAUCCAUUCUCGCAAAUGCUAAUGCGGGUAGCACAUUUUCUGUC